AUGCCGUCUGAUACGAUAGACGUUACCACGGAUCCUGAAUUGUCGAUGCAAGAUGCCGACAACACAAUUUCGGUCUCGGGUUCAAGUCGCCCCACGAAGCGGAAAAGAGUUGCAUUAGCAUGCGACAAUUGUCGGGAGCGAAAGGUCAAGUGCGAUGGCUCCAAACCCAUCUGUAGCCCCUGCAGCAAACGUGGAGAGCCUCCUACUCGGUGUAUGUACACUGUUAUUGCAGGAACAGCCAAGCACCUGAGCGAACAGGAAUACAUCGUGUCGCUGCAGAAGCAAGUUACAGAUAUGCAAGAAGUUAUAGAUCAGCUUCGACAAGAAGCAGAAGUCAAUACUAUCGCCGCCGCCAACUUCAGGGAGUCAAGGAGCCCCAGAGACAGGCCACGAACAGCUUCAGGUGCAACAGGAAUGGUCUCGGGUACCACCCGUGCCGCUGCUGGUACAAGUGCAGGGGUCUCUAUCAGAGUCCCCGAGGCAGGUGGACCCAGUCCCGUGAGUGCUAUGGGGGCUACGACUCUAACCCAGAGUGGCCAGGAGGAUGAAUUCUUUGGUCAAUCAUCGGUUCAUUCGUUGCUACGUGAGGUUUCCCACCCUCAAUCUCGAAACUCAGCUCCGAUUGGCGAUAGAACCCAGACAUCUACCUCGGUAUCCGUGUCGGGUCUCUCUACGGCGGCAUUGUAUUCGCCUGACUUUGCCCUUCCUCCACGACAAGUUGCUGACAGGAUCCUUGACCUGUAUUUCAACAGCGUUCAUAUCUUCUACCCUUGGACACACUCUGUUAGCUUCAAGAAGCGAUAUGAAACACUGUGGGAACCAAGUGCUUACCCAGGUCCUCAGACUAGUGAGUCAGGAGACAUCGGUCUUGGGGGCGAACGAUGCUCCGAGUCAUCUUUCUUUUGUGCUCUCAAUGCCAUGUUUGCUCUCGGCUGUGAGUUCUCAGACUUUCCUCAAAAGGAAAUUGCGUCAGCGAACUUCAGUUCGCGCAUGAGGAAUCUAUUACAGGUUGAUAUUCUCGACAAAGGCGAUUUAUCCCAUGUUCAAGCGUUGCUUCUUGCUUCCCAAUUCGCCAUAUCAAGUGAGUACCCUACAAGAUGUUAUAAUCUCGUCGGGUUAGCCUGUCGGAUCGCUGUUGGGUUAGGUCUUCACACCGAAAGAUAUGCCGGCAAACGAUCGAAUAUGGAGAAUGAAGUACGUCGUAGGGUCUGGUACGGGUGUUUGCAAAUGGAAAUGACCAUUUGCAUGACAUUAGGCAGACCUCCAGUCCUGGAGAUGACAGACGAUGUUCUCAUCCCAUCCGCCGUUGACGAUGACUUCAUCACUGUUGAAGCUACGUCCUGCCGCCAACCUGAAGAUACCAUAUCACAGAAUCUGUUCAUGGUAGAAAAUAUACGGCUGGCCAAAGUACUCGGCAAGAUCCUUUCUUCCGUCUACUGGCAGAGUUCUCCGUCCGACUUUAGCACCCUCGUCCGCCUAGAAGGCGUCCUUGAGGACUUUAGUACAUCUCUAGUUGACGCCCUACGAUGGUGGGACCGUGGGUCAGAGUCACAAGGCGCACUCACUCAUCGAGACCAUGUUCUUAGGAGACAGCGAAAUGUUCUUCAUGCAAGAUUUCUUCACCUUAAAAUUUUACUAUACAGACCCAGCUUCAGUUCUUACUGCUCAUCUGUGAGACGCGCGUUCCAAGGCCGAGACACAGAAACAGGUUCUGGUCUGGGCGACGAUGGGCCAGAAGUCAAUACACUACAAGCAGCAUUCCAGUCUCAGUGUGCUACAACGUGUGCCAAAACCGCUUACGACUUGUCAGUUUCCCUGCUAUCUGCGAGACAGGACGAUGCCACUGGUGCAUGGUGGUUCAGUCUAUUCUAUCUUAUGACGUGCGGCGGUAUAAUCAUUCUCGCCGAAUCUGCUCAGACUGCUGGUAGUAAGCAUUUCAAUCAAUCCCAACUUGAUGCCACAUGGGAGAAUACCACCAUGCUGCUACGGCUUAUCGGACGGGAGAAUGCCCGUGUACAGGGAUACCUCGACCAGUUACUUCAUUUGAAAGAACAAGCCCGCUCUACAAAUUUCUCAAUACGCAACUCAGGAGAAGCAACGAGAGUGGCUUCCCGUUGGCCAUCUACAGGUCCUGGUGAGGCUCCAUAUGUAGACUUGAAUCAGAAUGGAGCCUUCGCUCCAUCUACGGAAGACCAAGCAGUACAGGGAGAGCUCAUGUCGUUGUUGUUCCAAGACAAUUGGGACUGGAAUCUUGAGGGUAAUAUGCCCACUUAUGGUGGUUUCGGAUUUGGUGACGAAUCUAUCUUUCCUCUAUCUGGCUGGUCUACAUAA